AUGGAGCCGCUGUUGGUGCCAACCGUGCCCAAGACGAUUAGGGUGCAAGAACGCGAAUAUAACAAUGUUGAUGAGGCUGUAGUCAUAGACAAGCGAUGGACGUGCGAGAUGCACCAGGAAGAACAACAAUGCGCGAGCGAGAAAGUCGGCCUUGAAGACAAGGAUCGGGAGGAUCUAUUUUGUGUUCUUCCGAUCUUUGGAAGGACAACGAUCGGAAGAACACAAAUUUUAAGAAUACGGACAAGGAAUAUUUUUCUUAAGGUUGGAGCUGCUGAAGUGCGCCCGACGAGGAGGUGUGUUGCAGUAAUAGUUCAACCCAGCCGACAUGAGCUUAAGUCAGCCAGUCGGUUGGAUUCGUACAAGUAUGAAACUGCGCCAACGUUCGACUGA